AUGGAUCUCCGAUAUCUUAGACCAUGGGCACGGCAUAAUUUAAUGGAGAAAGAGGUUGCUUUUUUCACUGCCCCUUUCUCAGGAGAGGAUGUCAAAAAUGCAAUAUUUGAUAUCGCUAAGGAUAAGGCACCAGGACCGAAUCGGUAUUUCUCAGGCUUCUAUAAAGCCGCUUGGCCUGUGGUUGGCGAGGAAGUUUCCAAAGCAGUUCUGGAUUUUUUUAUGACAGGGAGAAUUCUUAAACAAAUCAAUAGCACAAUUUUGGCGCUCAUACCCAAGUUAUUUGGGUUCCCGGAUAUGUUCAAUAAAUGGGUUGAGGAGUGUGUCACAACACCCUCAUUUUUGGUUGGGAUGAAUGGCAAACCACAUGGUUUCUUUCUUGGGGCACGAGGACUGAGACAAGGUGAUCCCCUCUCUCCAUAUCUCUUUGUGCUAGUAAUGGAGGUGUUGCAUAUGGGGUUUCUGCAACUGAUAGAGCAGGAUAUGAAUUUUACAUUCUAUUGGAAAUGUGAGGCAUCCAAAGUCUUCCAGUUGGGAUUUGCUGACGACCAGUUGUUGUUUUGUCGGGCUAACACAGAAUCAAUUAGGGCCCUGAAAGAUGGACUAGAUCGAUUUGCUUUGUGGUUCGCACUUAGACUAAAUGCAGAGAAGAGCCACCUCAUUAUAUCGAAAUCUGCACAGAAUGUGAAAGAACAAUUGUUAGUAGUGUUGGGAUUCCUGGAGGGUCAUCUCCCGAUGAGGUACCUGGGGCUUCCUUUGAUCUCCUCUAGACUAUCUAUCUCUGACUGCCAACCAUUAUUAACUAAAAUUGAUGCAUGUUUUAAUGGUUGGGAGGGUCUGACAUUAUCGUACGCGUGUAGACUGUAG